GAUCUGAUUGGACGGGAGGGGUUCUGAGAGCGCUGAGAUUCAGUAGAACAGCACCGGGACGUGUCACUGUGUGUAUCCCUCCACUCGUAUGUGUUCAUUACAUACACGUUAACACUUCUAGCCGUAGUUCAUUACACUGCAACCCCUCACUACUGCACACUUACUACGGGCUGUCAGUCAGUCUGUGCGUUACCACGGCAACACGUAACGCUCUAUCCGGCUGUGGCUGAAUCACUAUAACAGCACUCUUGAUCAUGAGAGAUUAAUUAUAUACAGAUACUCUAUAGCCAAAAGUAUGUGGACACUUAAUAAUCUCACCCACUUAAACGCAGCAGGUUCUCGGUGGAUGAUUACAAACAGGAACGUCGAGCUGUAAACCUCCCCUUUAAGUAGAACAUGGCGGAGGACUAUAAGAGACGUAAAAGUUUCCUAAUGAAUUCAUUCCGUUUAUAAGAUUUUAUUCAGCGUUCUAGACGAUACAUAUAUAUAUGUGUAUAUCAGAGUAAUGAUAUCAUACGUGUACAUGCUUAUUCAUUCUUAAUUCUUCAUAAGGCAGCUGUGCCGUUGCUUUGUUCUUACAUAGCAGGUACCUACCAAAGAAGCUAAAGUAAUCUUAACAAAGCGCUUCAUAAUGUGCCUGAAUCAAUUUUUACAGCUUUUUAAACUCUGCAAUUUGUACACCACUUUAAUUAAGCUUGUUUUUUUAAUGGAAAAAAAAAAGUGUAUAAUGAAAUGUCGUUUGCUGAUCGUGUUCGGGAUGAUUCAUGUUCACGGGAGCGGAAACGUGUUUACAGUGUCUGCACCGGUGGAGUGUAUAGCAUUGCCAGCAGUGCUGUUUACUCUUCACGUCUCGGGCAAGCGCUCCUAGCGAGAGAAAAGACGAGUGUUGGGUUUGCUUUUAUCCACUAGUCCAAACUCCAAUCACUCUACAGUAGACUUUAUCUCAAAAGUGUGUACGAAAAAUAAGACAGCCGUGUUUUUGUUUUCGUUUGUGUUUUUUUUUUAAUCCCGUGUGUACGUUUCAAAUAAUUGGCGUUUGAGAAUUGUCGCAACGCUUGUAUGAACGUGAUUGUGAAAUGUGAUUCGUGAGGUCACCGGGACGCCUGUGUGAGCUCGACGUUUUGCACAAAAGAAAAACGUUCCAAUGUGCGUUUCAUUUUCUUGCGAUGGUUUUUUUUCCCCCAUUAAAAAGCAGAACAGCAAACAAAAUCACGUGUUCCGUGUAUUCUGUUUUUUCAUAUUUCAUUGUUUUUCUUACAGAGUAAUGCGUUUUACUAUUAUAUUAGAACAAGAAAAAAACAAAACAAUUUAUUUUCACAUCAAACAUCAGAAUGGGGUCGAGUGAGGACAACGGUCGGGGAUUUUAAAUGCCCUUUGUCGUGAUGAUCUCCCGGGAUCGGUUCUUCAGCUCUGUGAGUUGCUGAUGAGAAAGAUCAGAGGACUGGUUUCCGGAUGUUCUUCCGAGAAACUUUUCUAGGGCUGAUCAGAAAAGCAUCUGAGAAUCACGUGACGUGCUGACGGGCCUACGACAGUUCCACUUCCUGUCAGUAAUAAAGUGUUUUAAGCUGCUUCGUUGCUCGUGUAAACAGUAUUAUUACUGAUAGUAUAGCAGUAAGACUGAGGGAUUCAUUCAUGGACUGUCGAAUUGCUCGUUCAGUGGUUCUUAGCAAUAAAUCCUCUCCGUUCAGCUCGUGUUAUGUCACAUUACGAACUCCUAGUAUGUUUGAUAUUGCUCAUGAGACCGAGUUUCAGGCUGGAUGGAAAGCUAUCUUUAGGCUGUCCUCCACUCUCUCUCUCGGGUAUCAGCGUGUCAGUGUGUGAUCGGACACGGGCAGCUCCGCGGUAAUAAACGUAUCUAAUCUUGGCAGAGGCUGCGGUGGGUUAGCGUUAGAGCUGUAAAUAACGCCGGAAGCACUCCUCACUCGCUUCUCAGGAACUCGGAACAACUGGAAUCAACAGAGGUUUGCGUUAGACGGCGUUGAAUAGGUGUGAGGAGGAGGAGAACGCAGAAGGGGUCGAGACUACAGCAGGAGGAAACAUGGCUUUGGUGAGGAUUGGACUGCAGCUCCAGCUCCUGUUUUAUUCCGUCUCGGGCGACUUCGAUAACCAGCUCCCUUCACCUACAGUGCUGGCUCCGCUAGAAGUCCUGAAAAGAUUUGACCCAUGUUGCUUACAGACUCCGCCUCCACCACCGCUGUUCCCGCCCCCGCCCGGCGUGUGGAGGAGAGCUCGGGUGUUUGCAGAAUAUGUGGAGGGUGAAAGAUGGAGAGGACGUGAUGAAGGAGAUGUGAUGCAGUGCUGUCUCGCAGGACCUCCUGGACCACCUGGCCCUGCUGGACCACCGGGGCAGAACGGCUUUCCAGGAGUACAGGGUCCCAAGGGAGAUAAGGGGGAUAUAGGUCGGCCAGGAACGAAGGGUCGCACCGGCCGGCCCGGGCUUCCCGGGAGGCCGGGCUCUACGGGACCGCCCGGUUCCGAGGGACCCAAAGGCGAGAAGGGAGACCCUGGACUGAUGGGACAUCCUGGGAUGAGAGGACCAGUGGGAGACAAGGGACUGCCAGGAUACAAAGGAGAGAAGGGAACACACGCCGAACCAGGAGCUCCAGGUCCAAAGGGAGACAAGGGUGUAAGCGGACAUGCUGGCAUGUUUGGACAGAAGGGUGAAACGGGACUGAAGGGAGAGGCCGGCGUGACGGGGACGCGUGGUCCUACAGGACGCCCGGGCAAAAGAGGAAAGCAGGGAUCUAAAGGACAGACUGGACGCAUAGGACCAAUGGGACCAGCUGGCCCACCGGGACUGAACGGACAGCCAGGACCCCCUGGAGUUCCUGCCUCAGUGCUGUAUGUAGGCGGAGAGAAAGGUGAGAUGGGGACGCCAGGUCCUCCUGGACCAUGUGACUGCAGCUCGUUUGAUACCAACGGCCCUGGGAGCGCAUCACUGCAGCGCCGCGACAAAUUCACCAAGGUUUCAGCGAUAUUCGUGGUGAACGGCGAGAAGGAACUGAGCGACCUCGACACGGUCAACACUCUCGCUUUCUGCAAAGAACGGAAAUCUCUCUACUUUAAAGACACGGACGGGUGGAAGCCGAUUCAGCUGCUCCCACUCGGUGCGAUGGAGAGGAAGAAGAGAGCAGCGUGGGAGGAGUGUGGAGAUGGAGAGGUGCAGAUGAUGAAUGGAGAGGAGUGUGAUGAUGGAAACCAAGCGGUCACAGAUGAGUGCGUGGGCUGUAAAAAGGCUUAUUGUGGAGAUGGAUAUCGCCACCACGGUGCUGAAGAGUGUGAUGGAAAGGACUUUGGCUAUCAGACGUGCAGGACGUACCUGCCGGGGACGCUCGGACACCUCAGAUGCACCGAUUCCUGCAUCAUCGACUCGACCGGCUGCAAGUAUGCCACCUGAGCUCCUGACGCCGCGCGCGCGCGUGUGUGUGUCUGUGUGUGUGUGUGUGUGUGUGUGCGUGCGUGCAUGAGCACACAUCCAGGUCAGCCUCUGGUUGUCUCAGCGUGGAGCUCUCGCAUCAUGACGCGUUCUCAGUGUGGAGGUGUUUAAUAAAGUUUAUGACCGUAUUUAUUCAUUUUUAUUCAUGUAAAUGCAUUUUAGAUUAUUUAUUCAUUCUCUCAUUUCAUCGUUAGAAAUGCGUGCGUGUGUGUGUGUGUAUACAGUAUCCAGGGGUGUACUCACUUUUGUGAGAUACUGUAUGUGUGUGUGUAUGAGUGAGUGUGUGUGUGUAUGAAUGUGUGUAUGUGAGUGUGUGUGUAUACGAGUGUGUUUGUACCCGAAGUAAACGCGAGACGUCUAGGUUGAUGUCUUCGAAGCCUGUUCGUUUGUGCAUCAUUCCACUUGGAAUAAAGUUCUAAAGUGCAAACCUGGAUAUAUAAGAGUCCAAUCUCACAACUCUUAACAUUGGAUAAAAUGACAAGGCAUGCUCUGAAAUGUUCUGAACAUCAUUCUGUGAUGUGUAAAUAUAUAUCACUUAAAGAAUAA